GCCCGAGCCUGGCGCCGCGGCUGCCAGGGCCAUGGCGUGCGGAGCCACUCUGAAAAGGACUCUGGAAUUCGACCCGCUGCUGAGCCCUGCGUCGCCGAAGCGGAGGCGAUGUGCGCCAUUGUCGGCGCCCACCUCAGCGGCCGCCUCCCCGUCGUCAGCGGCCGCGGCCACCGCCGCCUCCUUCUCGGCCGCCGCCGCCUCGCCGCAGAAGUAUCUCCGCAUGGAGCCGUCCCCCUUCGGCGACGUCUCCUCCCGCCUCACCACAGAACAAAUUCUGUACAACAUAAAACAAGAGUAUAAACGCAUGCAGAAAAGAAGACAUUUAGAAACUACUUUUCAACAGUCAGAUCCAUGUUGUACUUCUGAUACACAGUCACAUGCAUUUCUCCUCAGUGGACCAGCUUCACCAGGGACUUCAUCUGCAACAUCCUCACCAUUAAAAAAAGAACAGCCCUUAUUCACUCUACGGCAAGUUGGGAUGAUUUGUGAACGUUUGUUGAAAGAACGUGAAGAGAAAGUUCGAGAAGAAUAUGAAGAAAUAUUGAACACAAAACUUGCAGAACAAUAUGAUGCAUUUGUGAAGUUUACGCAUGAUCAAAUAAUGCGACGAUAUGGAGAACAGCCUGCUAGUUAUGUGUCAUGAAUCACGUUUUCUGCAUUUGUGGGCUGCCUUGUUCCUUGUUGAGUUGUUGCAAGAGGUCCCAGUUAUGAUGUGCAGCAAUGCCAAUACCCCCGUGAAAACAGGUUAUUUCAAGCUUUCGUCAGUGGCAACCACUCUUAGGCAGCAACUGGUUUUGGAAAUUCCCCUGAUGUCAAUACCAUCCGGAUGUGGACUUUUGCUACCUGUAUUAAUGCCAGUGGCCUCAUUUGCUGUAUCAUUACAAUUUGGCUUCUUAUAGUAAUAUGUUUGAAAAGGAUUAAAGCUGGUAUUCUAAGAACAUGCCCUUUACUGGUUGUGUAAAUAAAACUGUAGAAUGACACUUCA